GUAUCAAGGACUUCGACCGUUCCCGCCACCUGCUCCCUCUACAUUCCCAGAAAGUAACUCAGGUCGCCGGUGCGUUUAUCAAACAGGUAAAGCGCGUGGUUUCUUCUGCCCCCUCACUCGCUCUUGUGCGCUUAUCGGCUCACAUUCAUGCAGAUCGCAGCCGCACAAACCAACGUUAGACCACAGUUGGUGGCUCUCCAAGCACCACGUUCUGUCUAGGUCUCGUGGGGACCAUUCGUUUUCAUUUUGUCUCUUCGGAGUUUGGAAUAGAUCUAUGUGUAUCAGCACUAAGAAGUGUUCAUUCUAAAAUGGCGUGGGAUUGAGACAAAGCAGGCGGAAGAUAUAGGCGUGACCCCUUCUACACUGCAAACAAAACAUUGCUUCUGAGACUCCUACGCAGAAUUGUGUAGAGCACUUGAAAUUUACACGCCUUAACAUCACAAUAGACCAGCAACAGUUUGGAAGUAUUAAUUUAUUUCAAGUGCUCUUGAUUAGUGUUGUUCUCUGGUUGGGGCGGUUUUUCGAAGAAAACAAGUGGUGUAUCUCCUUUGUUGCAUCUGUACAUGCAUGCAGGACCAUCGCUGUGACACUAUAGUUUUAUGAACCAAAACGCUAUCGAGACAAGUUUUACAUCGAGCCAAGAUCACGCAAAACAGUACUAGCGUACGUGUUACCUUCAUCGCCUUGUCGAGUAGUAGAAGAGGAAAACGAGAUGGUAACUAUAUACGCACAGGCUUUUCGUUAACGUCAAGACUGCAAACUUGUCUUUCUCGUGUUGCAGCAAUUCCUGGGCAUUUUAGAACGUGGUUGCAUUGACAGGGUAGUAGAUUUAUUCUCGAGGAGCUGGUUUGCUAUACUGGGAGUGCUGUCUCAUGUAACCAUACGAGGGUUUUUAUUAUUCUCAAUUCAAAUCGGACCAAGCAUCUGUUAACGUGGGUAAAAAGUGGAUCGUAGAACUAGUGUUAAUAUCGUACCAUUGGUAGGAGAAAAGUCAGUACGUACAUCUAAAAGUCGUUGUAUUUUUUUUCUUAUAAAGGUACAGUGAACAACGCAAUAUGCUGUCGUAGUCUUAUGGUGAACAUCCCCCUGUAUUUUGCUAACCGUCAGACUGUAACGAGAUGGUGGCGCAUUUCUCGGUGGCUUCAGUAUUGUCAUAGGUAACAGUCAUGGUGUUUUCCCUUGCACUGUGACACAACUUUGUCUUUCUUGAUAAAACCGUACGUCUGACAGACACAAUGGAAAACUUCCGAAAGGACUACAAACCUUUCCACAAGGAACUUCGACGAUUUGUCUCCAAAGUCCCGUCCCGCGUGGCCAAGGGUUCCCCACCAGCGGUGAAGAAUGUGAAGUUACUCCCGCGCGUGCUCAAGCCUAAGGACUCAACCUUCAAACGCCACGACCUUAACAUGAUGCUGCAGAAGUUCAAUUUUUUAAUCGAUCUCACCGUGAUGGUUCUGCUGAGAGUCCAGGCGUUAGUGGCCAAAAAACACACGCAAUGGUGGGAGCGAAAGACGUCCAAGUUGAAAGUCCACAUAACGGCUCUGCACAACGACGCCCAGGGGCUUCAGGCUUAUACGCCAGUGGAAGGUGACAGCAGCCAGAACACACUAGUUAUGUCAAGCGGAGUAGGGGGCACAAACCUUGGCGUGAUGCAAAGAGAAGCGGACGGCAUAGAUCUAAAUAAAAA